CUAGGGCGACAGCCGCGGACGCCGAGCGGCCAGAUCCGGGACGCGGGGCGGGCCCUGCGUCCGCCCCUCCCGCCGAGGCUGAGCCUGAGACCCGUGGCGGAUCGACUGACGCCGGGGCUGGGAUGGCGACGCCGCGGCCCUGCGCGGACGGGCCCUGCUGCUCGCAUCCCAGCGCGGUGCUCGGCGUACAGCAGACGCUGGAGGAGAUGGACUUCGAGAGGGGAAUCUGGUCGGCAGCCCUGAAUGGAGACCUGGGCCGAGUGAAGCAUUUAAUCCAGAAGGCCGAGGACCCAAGUCAGCCCGACUCGGCCGGCUACACUGCGCUGCACUAUGCCAGCCGCAAUGGGCACUACGCUGUGUGCCAGUUCCUGCUGGAAAGCGGAGCUAAGUGUGAUGCCCAGACCCACGGGGGUGCCACUGCUCUGCACCGAGCCAGCUACUGCGGGCACACUGAAAUCGCGCGGCUCCUGCUAUCACAUGGGUCCAACCCCAGGGUGGUGGAUGACGACGGCAUGACCAGUCUGCAUAAGGCUGCUGAGAGGGGUCACGGGGACAUCUGCUCCCUCCUCCUGCAACACAGCCCAGCCCUGAAGGCCAUCCGGGACCGAAAGGCACGGCUAGCAUGUGACCUGCUGCCUUGCAACAGUGACCUGCGGGACCUGCUAUCCAGCUGAGCCGCCACCCUGUCUCCAGCUGCCUUUAAAGGGUACACAGACCAGUUCUCCAAGCCCCUGCCUUGGUCAGCAUCCAUGCUGCUGGGCAGGGAACUGAGGCCAGACCACCCAGGAAGAGCCCCAGUCUGGUCACUGUGGAAGCGAGGGAGUAGAUUUGGUGUGGCUAAAAGUGUUUAAGACUGGACAGAUGAUCAUAUUCUAAAUUAGUUCAUAUGAGACAUCUAUUUAUUUGGAAAAAAAUAAAGUUAUAUCCUUACCUCA